AAAUUAAAUAUAAAAUUUAAAAUUAGUAACAAUCAUACUUUUAAUUUCCAUUGUAAAAUAUAGAUAAAUUUAAGAUUGUUACUCCAUAUUUGGUGUUUCCAAUUUAUGUAUUUAUUAAGAUUUAGUAGUUACAAGUUAGUAUAAUAGUAAAAAUUAUUAUUAUUAUAAUAUCAUAGUAUAAUCAUAAUAACAUACUUAUUGUUGUUUUUUACUAUGUUAUGUUUUUAUUUUGUUAUUAUAGAUCAUAUAUUGGCUUCACUGUCCACUGGCUUAAUCCCGAAACACUUGAAAGUUACUCCAAAGGGCUUGCAUGUAGACGUAUUUUUGGCAGACAUACAUUUGAUAACCUGGCAGAAUGUAUAGAUAAAGUAAUAAAUGAGUUUAAGCUUAAAAACAAAGUCACUUUAAUAGUUACAGAUAAUGCUGCUAAUUUUGUUAAAGCUUUUAGAGUUUUUAACAGUGACAAUGAACAAGGUACAGUAGAUGAUGGAAUUGAUGUUACUGACUUAAAUGAGAUUCCUGUGAAUGUUGAAGUAACAGAUUUAUUAGAAAGCCAGGAUAUUGAAAGUUCAUUUUGUUUUUCAUUGCCACCUCAUCAAAGAUGUGCAGCCCACACACUAAAUUUAAUUGCUACUGUUGAUGCUAAUGAUGCUGAAAAAGAUGCUGCAUAUAAAGCAAUAAGUAAAAAAGUAUUUUCGAAAUGUCAAGCUAUAUUUAAUAAGCAAAAUCAAUCAACAAUGAGUGCUGACAAAAUUAAAGAUCACCUUGGACGUUAUAUUAUUACUCCUAAUGCCACUAGGUGGAAUUCCUAUUAUGAUGCCAUGAAAUGUAUAAUGAUCAAUAUUGAUAAGAUAAAUGAACUUUGCAUUGAAUUACAGUUGCCUCCUAUCUCAUCACCACGUGAAGUUUCAUUUUUAAAGGAAUAUUGUGAUGUGAUGAAACCGAUAGCUAAGGCUUUGGAUUUAUUACAAGGUGUGAAGUUUAUUUCACUUGGAUAUUUGCUGCCAACAAUUAAUGCUAUUCACAAAGCAUUAAAUGAAAUUAUCAAUGUGAACUUGUGUAAACCUUUAGUUAUUGCGCUAAAAAGAGGACUAAAUAAAAGGUAUUAUAAAUAUUAUGUAUUAUUUAAGUACCUGUUGGCUGUUAUAAAUGUUUACUUCUUUAUAUUACUCAGACUAUUUAUUGAAAUGCUAAACCAAGUAUUUUAAAAUAAUUAUUGCCUAUAAGUAGUAUUUGUUACUUCUCUUUUAAAUAAAUAUUAUAUAUUUACCAUAUGUACCUAUAUUAAU